AUGAGAUUUACCGCAAUCAUUGUUGCGGCCGUGUCCGUGGCCGCCGCCCACGCGGCUGUCGUGUCCGAGCUGGCGGACAAGCGUGAGGCCGACCCAUGGUGCCUCUUCCACGGCGAGGGCUGUUGGAAGCGUGACGUUGCCGCCGCCCCUGCCCCCAUCGUCGCCAAGCGCGAGGCCGCCCCUGUGGCUGAGGCCGAUCCCUGGUGCCUCUUCCACGGAGAAGGCUGCUGGAAGCGCGAGGCCGAGCCUGAGGCCGUCGCCGACCCCGAAGCCUGGUGUCUCUUCCACGGCGAGGGCUGCUGGAAGGAGAAGCGCGAGGCUGCCCCUGUCCCCGCCCCCGCCGCUGAUCCUGAGGCCGACCCUUGGUGCCUCUUCCACGGCGAAGGUUGCUGGAAGGAGAAGCGUGAGGCUGCCCCCGCCCCCGAGGCCGACCCUGAGGCUUGGUGUCUCUUCCACGGUGAGGGCUGCUGGAAGGUCAAGCGCGCCGUCUACGCCUUUGCCAACGCUAUCCGUGGCGCCGCUGGUAUCCCCGAGUCCCGCUCCGCUGAGAUCUCCAACAUGCGCGGUGGGGCGGCCUACAAUGCCAAGCGCGCCGUGCAGGACAUCGCCACCAUGAUGGCUGGCCGCACCUCGGAGCCUCCUGAGUUCCUGAAGCAGCUCUUCAUCCUGGAACACUUCGGCCCCGACGCCAACAUCACCGCCUUUGGCCCUCCUCCCACCGACGCCGACGCUGCCCCAAUCUCCACGGACGAUGACUCAACCACCACCAAGCGCGAUGCCGACGCCGAGCCCUGGUGCCUGUUCCACGGCGAGGGCUGCUGGAAGCGCGAGGAGACCGCCCUCCAGGCCCGUGACGAGGCCAGCGACGCGACCCGCAGGUGGUGCCUCUUCCACGGCGAGGGCUGCUGGAAGCGCGACGCCGCCCCCUGGUGCCUGUUCCACGGCGAAGGGUGCUGGAAGCGGUCCGAGGAGGCGGGCAGCAGCGCCGCCACCAGCCUGGCCACCCGCGACGCCAGCCCCGCCGCCGCCGCCUUCUGCCCCUUCGAGGGCUCCAGCACCUGCUACGCCUCCAAGCGCGACUUCGCCGCCGCCGACAAGCGCGCGUGCAACCAGCCCGGCGAGGCCUGUGACGUCGCCCGCCGCGCCGCCGAGGCCAUCGUCACCGAGAUCGAGAGCUGGGCGCCUGCCAAGCGCUCCGCCGAGGACGUCGAGGCGCGCUGGUGCCUCUUCCACGGCGAGGGCUGCUGGAAGCGCGACGGCAUGGACGAUGUGGUCGCCCGCUGCAAUGCCGACGACGGUGCCUGCUCCCAGGCCCGCCGCGACCUGGGUGCUAUGCACACCGCCGCUCGCAACCUGCUUGACUACCUCAACGAGGAGUAG